GAGCCUCUGCUUAUACACAGCUUUCUUUCAGCCGCACCGCAAGUCGCCCGUGCUCUCGUAUUUUAUCCGCGUGCACUCGCUCACUCGUCAAGUCCAAAUGCAGCCGCGGCUUUUCCUUUUGCUGGGCGUUGCACUCGUCGCGGCGUCGACCACAGCGAAAAAACUACCUGACUACAUCCAGAAAUGCCACAGGAGUGACCCGAAAUUCGAUGCAUGCAUGAUCAGUUCGAUCGAAUCGCUGAGGACGCGACUUGGAAGAGGAAUCCCCCAACUGCAGGUGCCUGGAUACGAACCUCUGGUCAUCCCUGCGCUGCACAUCGACAGAAACAAUGAAGCCCUGGAAGUCAGCGCUACCCUGGAAAACCUCAAGGUUGCUGGUGGCAGCAAAUUCAUCAUCAAUGAUUUAAAAACGAACUUUGACGGUCUGGGCUUGAAAGCGAAAAUCACCCUGCCAGAGCUGCAGGUGGUGACCGACUAUGACGUGAACGGCAGGCUCCUUGUGGUGCCCUUGACGGGCAAAGGCGUUCUCGAGGGAACCUUCAAGCAAGUUACGGCUGACUUGCAAGUGACUGGAAAAUUCACCGAGAGAAAGAAUAAAAAGUACCUGAUGAUCGACAACUUCAAGUCGGACGUCAAAGUCGGCGACUCAAAACUCAAAUUCCUGACGCCAAGCGGCCAGGCGCAGAAGCAAACCGCCAUCACCUCGGCCAGCACGCAAUUCAUCAACGGCAACAAGGAUCAAGUUUUGGAGCUGAUCAAGCCCAUCAUCGAGGACACGGUCAAUGAACUGUUCACCGGCAUCGCCAACCGAGUUCUCCAAUCGGUGCCAUAUGACGAUCUCGUCCCUGAAUAAGCAGCGAGAUAUUUUUAAUUUAAUUUUUUUCACUUGUAUAUUUCCCCAUCGGAAUGCAUUUUUUGCAGAUUAGAGACUGCGCACGUGAUGUUACUAUGAAAAAUAAAUUCGUUUUUAAGCCUUAUAA